UAGGCGGGAGCUCUUUCGGGGGUGGGGAGGGGCGGUCCGGGUCUCCGCCGCGCGGGUGGGUUCGGAGGAGGCCGCACCCGGCAGCAACCCCACUACCACCCGAAGGCCCUCUGCUCUCUUCCCCCUUUUCCCCUCGGCCCAUGGUGCGAGGCUGGGAGCCGCCGCCGGGGCCAGACCGCGCUAUCUCUGAAGGGCACAAAUCAGAAAGCACCAUGCCUCCUAAUAAAGAGGCCAGCAGUCUUAAUAGCUCACCAGCAGGGCUCAUCUGCCUCCCUCCAAUCUCUGAGGAGCUACAGCUUGUGUGGACCCAAGCGGCCCAGACAAGUGAGCUAGAUGGCAAUGAACAUUUGCUACAAACCUUCAGCUACUUUCCCUAUCCCAGCCUAGCAGACAUAGCCCUUCUCUGCCUACGUUAUGGGUUACAGAUGGAGAAAGUCAAGACUUGGUUCAUGGCCCAGCGCCUCCGCUGUGGCAUUAGCUGGUCAUCAGAAGAAAUAGAAGAGACUCGAGCCCGAGUGGUCUACCAUCGGGAUCAACUUCAUUUCAAGUCCCUUCUGUCUUUUACUCAUCAUGCAGGGCGGCCCCCAGAGGAUGUGCCUCCUCCUCCAAUCCCAUCCCAAGAACAAGUUGGUCUUGGAAUAGGUCCUCUGACUCUUAGUGAGCCCACCCAGAUAAAAGGUUUGAAGGUCGAACCUGAAGACUCCUCUCAGCGACCACCAUUGCCACCGAGUCACCAGAAAGGAAAGGAUUCCCUGAUGACAACAGGCAGUAGAGCAUUCCUCCAGCAAUCAGAUCUUUGGCAAGAUCAUCAAAGAAGUGGCCUCUCUAAGGGACAGGCAGGAAAGGGUCCUGACCAGUCACAUGGCAUGGGUACUGCUUCCUGGAACCACUCCAAAGCUGUCCAUCAGCCACGUGCUCGAGAUAAGCCCACACCAAUCUCAUUACUUACCAGUAGUUGUAAGGAGUCAGCAUCUACUAUGACUCCUCCUUCCUCUACCUCUUCCUCUUUCCAGGUACUGUCUAAUGGAGCUGCUGCCACCUCUAAACCCCUCCAGCCACAAGGCUGUGUUCCACAGUCUCUGUCACCCAAGGAACAGACACUACCCCCACAUCUGGAACCAGCCUGGCCCCAAAGGCUACGGCAUAACUCAGUACCAGGUAGGGUUGCCCCUGCAGAGUACCUUUCCCCAGAUACCCAGCGCCAGCGAAAGACCAAGCGCAAAACCAAAGAGCAGCUGGCUAUCCUCAAAUCCUUUUUUUUACAGUGCCAAUGGGCACGGCGUGAGGAUUACCAUAAAUUAGAACAGAUUACUGGUUUACCUAGGCCUGAGAUCAUUCAGUGGUUUGGUGACACACGCUAUGCCUUGAAGCAUGGGCAACUAAAAUGGUUUCGGGACAACACAGUUCCUGGUGCCCCUAGUUUCCAAGACUUGGCAGUUCCCACAUCAUCACCAUCAACCCGCUCCUUGAAUGAAUGGGCUGAGACACCAGCUCUGCCAAUCCCCCCACCCCCACCAGAUAUACGACCCUUGGAGAGGUACUGGGAAGCCCACCAACGGCUCCGGGAAAGUGAUAUUCCUCAAUUGAGUAAGGCAUCAAGGCUUAGCACCCAGCAGGUACUGGACUGGUUUGACUCUCGAUUACCUGAGCCAGCUGAGGUGGUAGUUUGUCUAGAUGAAGAAGAGGAAGAGGAGGAGGAAGAACUGCCAGAAGAUGAUGAGGAAGAAGAGGAGGAGGAGGAGGAGGAGGAGGAGGAUGUGAUCAUACAAGAUUGAGUGGGAGGCUGGGGGGGAGGUCUGUUACUAAAAGAUGAACCAACUUAGUACAUGUUGAAACAAAGAAACCACAUUUAAAAA